AGCCAAUGAGAGAGAAGAGCGCCAGAUCGGCGGGGAGAAAACAUGGAGGACAGGGUGAACAGGACCAGUACAUUUUCUUAAAGUUGCAAACAGUCAACUACAUAGUACAGAAGAUGGUUACAAGGCACGGUCAGUCAUAGAAACUGUGAGCGUCGUAGCGCGACCUAAAUUAAAAGGUUUUAGAAGCAGCAAGUCCAUUCAGUAGUUUACUGAAAUGUCACUGAGUGCUUCGCGUGACCGUGUCUCACAGAAAAGAAUUGUGUCGAGACUUCUCGCUGGUCGUGUUGUAAAGAGACAGAAGCAAGGAGAUGGUCAGCUGCAGGACGCAGCGAUCCAGCUGUUCGAGCAGCAGCAGGAUCUCUGCAGCCUAUUCAAGGAGAUUGGGAAUCCAGAUCCAAGCAAUCCUUUCAACACUGACACAGCUGAGCAAAUGAAUCGGACUGAAGGCAUCUCAUUCACUAUUGCAGGUUCACUUUUGGCGUGUGGGUUGAGACAGCAAGCUGGGCAGCUUGGUGUCCCGUUAGUAACGCUCUCAGUGAAAUUCGUGCUGGAGAGACUGAAAGGGAUUACUGGAAUUGAGGGCGACAAGACAAGGGAAGUUCUCACGGCAUCUCAGAGAGUCCAACUGGGUGUCCUGCUGGAGUCUACCAGAGAACUGAUAAUUCAUGGAGCCCUCUGCCCCAAGGGGCUCUGGCAGGGGUACAGGAAUGAUCAGAAACUACCGAAUCUACAUGUGGUGUACCUACUUCAGUGUUACAAUAUCCUCAAAUUGAAAGACAUUUUAGAAAGUGAUGAAGGAGUGAGGUUGUGGUUGGUGCCACAGUUGAAAGCUCUGUGCUGUUGGACACCUCCUCAGGAAGAAAAAGAGGCCAUGCAAACUCAACAGAAAGUAUUGUCAGCUAUCUUAGGUUCGUUGGUUGGCGUGGGCUUCCAGUCGAGUCAGGAACAAGCAGCUGUGGAGAAGAAGUGUGUUCUGCUCUGCAUCUCAGCACUUGAUGAUCUGCUUUUCUGGCUUCUGGACACUGCAGAUAUAAAUUCAGCACAGGAGUCCUCUGAAACUGCAACCGAGCGAUGGUGUCAGCUAUUUGAUACCUCGUUGUGUGACAUUUCAGCUUCUCCUGAUGCCCUUCAGCGCUUUUUCAUGCACUCACUCACACAGACACUUGCUUACAAGCCUCAACUUGCAGUGUCAGAUGCAAUUGCUCUCCAGAACAAAUGGACCUUUGCAAAUUCCAGUCCGUUGCUAACAUCUCUUUUCCGUAAGUUGACUGUGGUCUUCAGCAUGGAGCAGUUGCUGCAUCACCUACAGCAGGUUUUAGAGACCCAUGAGAUCAGCUGGAAACAUGUACUUUGCUUCCUAUCCACUCUGCUGGUGUACAACCCUUCUGCGCAACCCAGUUUGAGAGCACUUCUAUCCAGAUUGCUGACUUCUGCAUUUGAUGGUUAUGACUUGGAGAGCAUGAUAACAGCAUUUUUGUUGGCGCGGCAGGGGGCACUGCAAGGACCUGCCAUCUUCCCUUCCUACAGCGACUGGUUCAAGGAGUCUUUUGGCAUGGCCAGUGGCUUCCACGCUACCAGCAAGAAAUCUCUGGUGUUUUUGCUCAAGUUUCUGUCUGACUUGGUUCCGUUUGAACCCUCACAGUACCUUAAGGUGCACAUCAUUCACCCUCCAUAUGUACCUGUGAAAUACCGUAGCCUCUUGAUGGAAUAUGUCUCCCUGGCCAAAACAAGACUUGCUGAUCUCAAGGGAUCAGUGGAGAACACGGGUCUGUAUCAGGAUAUUUCAAGUGCUGGAGAUGCACCAUCCCAGUGCCAGGAUGUAAAGGAUGUGGAGAAAGCCUAUUCUCUUUUUGAGAGUACAGGAAAAAUCUCCGCCACUGUUAUGGAGGCCAGUAUUUUCCGUCGGACAUAUUUCCUCUCACGGUUCCUUCCUGCUCUGCUUAGACCAAGAGUGCUACCUGUGAAAGCAGAUGCUCAAAUGAGCUUCAUCGAGGCCCUGAAAAGAGCAGAUAAGAUUCCUGCCCCACAGUAUUCGUCAUACAUGGAAUCUUGUCAGAGACUAAGACAACAAGCAAGGUGUUCCCUCCGUGAGGAGGAUCAUGAUGACCCUCUACAUGUCCUAAAACUUCAACUGCAGGAGCAAAGAAAGCUUGUCCCAGAUGGAAAUGAUGGAGAUAUGUCGGCUCACUUGUCAAAGAUCUCCAACACGCUGAGCUUCAUUUUUCCUGGUCUUCCUGAUGACCCUUUGGAAAAGAAUAUCAUCCAACUGAAGACUGACAUGCUUUCAUUGCCAGAGCUCCACUUGCAAGUUGUCGAUGUGGUUUUAAAAAACUUUUGCCAGUGCAUUUUAGAUACUUCAAAAGCACACCCUCCAAAUAAACAGAAUAUGUGGGCUUCCAAGUUUGUGUGUGUAUUAGUUUGUAACACACAGUUCCUCUCCUGCCUUCUACAAAGACUUUGGCAUCUGCUCCAUAACCAGGGGACCGUGCUGAGUGACGUGCACAUCAUUGGUCUAGCAGCUUUUCUGGUCCAGCUCCAUGCCUCCAUGUCCCAAAGUCCUGGAGUACAACUGAUUUCGCAAAGGCAGCCCAACCCAGUAUCUGUCUCAGAGGCUCUUAGCUCAGCACUCGUCUGCAACACAAACACCCGUAUGCACUUCUGUGUCAGGUUUUGUGUGGCUGCCAUGUGCUAUGGGAUCUGUAGAGGGGACUCAUUGCCUCAACAGGAUGACUUGACUCCCAACUGCCUUCAUAAGAAGCUUCAGUACCUCAUCCCAAGGCUGUUGCCCGAAGCCAGAAGACCUUUUUCUUAUGGUAAAGGAGAUCCGAAGGUGAACAGCAUUGGGCUGUUGUGUAAUGAAAAAGACACCACCACUAGCUGGAAAAAGACAGCUUUGUAUCUAUGGAGACAUCCUGCUUUCAGUAGGCUGCAACACGAGCCACAAUAUCAGUUAUUCUUCUCAGAAUGGCUGGCAAAUGAACUCCAAGUUGACAGAAGUCAAGACACAUUUUCUGACUCUGAACGGCAGGAAUAUCAUCAGUGGGCCUGUCUGCACCUCUACCUGACCCGUCCAGAAAAUCAGGGCGGCUGCGGUGGAAGCAUGAAGACUCUUUGCUCUCAUCUCAUCACUGCAAUCAUGGACCAGCAGCAAAGUGAACCGUGUCAGGGAGAUCACAGACUCUCACAGAAAGGAACCUGUUUUCCAGACAUUCUCUGUAGAUUACAGGAGGUGAUUUAUGAGAUAGAGUUGACAAACCUUUCGGGCAGUCAUCCAAACAGAACCGAUAUAUGUGACUUGCUGUUUGAGUUGGUGUCUCAGAGGUUCUCCAGUUCAUUGAGCUCAGCUUCAGCACAUCUCAGCUGUGAACACACACUGAACAUGUGGAACAGAAUAAUGCUGGCUCUCCCAUCGGUGUCAUUUGUUAAAGUAAAGGCUGAAGGAGACAGGAUGUAUCUUGACUGUAAAAAGCUGAUACAACAUGUCAACAAUCAUCAGAGAAGUGUAUGUUCACCGAGCGGCUUUUUGUCCCUUCAGCUGACAUCACACUUUCUGAGAAGCGUUUUAUGUUUUAGUUCACGCUGCAGUCUUGUGGCAGAAGAAUUCAACAAGGCUUGGUGUCAGAUCACAAAUCAGUGCCCUCUGCUGCUGGUCUCAACAGUGUACUGGUGGGAGCAACUGUCGGUAGUGCUGCUGUCAUUAUGGUCUCGUCUGCGAGAUGGGGAGAUGCCACCAAAACAACUGCAGCUCAUCGUAAACAGUCAAAGCUGGGCCUGCAGUUUAAUGAGGGGUCAGUUGCUGCAUCUCCCCUCGGCUCCAGCACUCUUGUUAGCCUCCAGCCUGUAUGUAAGCUUACAAGGCCGAGCUGAAGGCAAGCAAAGUGUCAGCGAUCCUCUGACUGCGUGGCAACCAGAGAGGGACAUUAAACACAGAGAGGUUUUAACGUUCUUGUUUUUCCUGUGCGUGAACAAUUACCUGUCAGCCCUCCUGUAUCCUCAGGAGCACUGCCAUCAGAAAGCCUUAAGCCUCUGCACAGAAGGCCUGACUGUGCUGGUGGAUUCUGCAGACUGGCUACUAAUCUUUACAUCUAAUGAUGCUGAAAAAGGUGCUUACCACAGUUUUCCCUUGGUGACGUCAAACCGAUUUCAUCACUUGAUGCCGUGGGUCUUCUACAGCCUGUUACUUCAGCAGAGCCCCGAGCUUCAACAAAGAGCUGCACGUUGUCCAGGCUUUCUCAGCACCGCUGUCUCCUGCUACAUCAGUCUGCUGCAGCUCUUCUUGGAUGGGUCCUCUGUCACUGCCACCCUUGGAAGUCAGAUGGAGUCUGGGCAAAUUCUGAGCCGUACCAAAAUCUUCUUGCUGAGGGCCAUUUCUCAGAUGCCCGCUUCCACUCUCUUCUCCAGGCACAUCACGCAGCUGAAGUCCCUGUGCGUGGACUUGGACCCAGAGGUGGCAGCAGCUCUGUCUGUACACUUGGACAUUCCAGAGCGCCCUUUCCUCUGAUAAGGCAACUUUGGCUCAAUACUUCAACUCCAAAUAACUGCGAGACAUUCCAAAUGUUUCUCUAACGUGUUCUUGGACGUAUGCUCUCGCGGCCUGGGCCAAAUUGGAGGACUAGAAAGUUGAGGUACUAGAUCACUGGAAGUGGAAUUUUUUUAAAAAUGGCCCAAUAAACCUCUAAUAUCUUUUUUGGCCAGGA